AUGCACAGUUGGGAAAAGCGAACAGCUCGAAACGGUCAAAGCGUUGUUCAGCAAACUGCUCGUGCAAAUCGAGCAACCGCUACGUCAAAGUGCUCGAGCCAGAGUGCACAACACAAUAACAACAGUGCGACCAAACAAAAGCCUUUCAAAACAAUCAAUCUUUUGUUGCGUUUCGUUGCUGCAGCAUCCGGUGAAACUUUGGCAAAGCGCUGGUAUCGAACUAUGCAGUGGAAACCCCUUUACAUAUACUGUCGCAAGCACUUUGCUGGAUAAGACACUAAUUACAUUGCUGGUUCCGGCUACCGUCCUUCUAGUUCCUGUCCCGCGUUUCUACUGCCCUUGGUGGAGGCAAGCAUUUUCGUUUGUGCAAGGUAUUCGUUUACUGCCUCCCCCAGUUCAGUUCCCCCUGUGAUUAGUGUGCUUCCUGCGUUGUGAACCAACCGGAAAAGAAGAAGAAGACUCUUUGUCGUGUAAACAAAACAUCCGGCAACUAUGCAGUGAGAGGUUCGACCCAAAGAAACAAAGUAAAAGCAUUCGCGUGAGGAAAUAUUUUCAACCUACAUUGGCAAAGAAAUGUCCUAAAAGGUAAACGGAGAAGAAUGAUCCUUCUGGACCGUCGGCCAUAAACUCCGCCAUAGCAUGUCGGCACAAACGAACAACAAAGGGCUGUACCGUAGGAAGCAUCCCGAUGAGCGCAGCAGAUCGUUUGACCGAACCGUGAUUAGUGACGAUGAUGAUGACGAAGAAUCCGACACACUGACGGAGCUGUCACGAGAGUCGCUUACGAGCAGUCAGGGACGUAGCAGCAUCGGUUCGAUACCAUGGGCAGAGGACGCUAUCAAGCAGAAUCAAACUGAAUGGGAACGGAUCGAUCGGAUGUUUUACGGUGAAGAAGAUCUCCCCUCAGACGCAAAGCUGCGGGAAGAAAUAUUGGAAUGGACAUCCGUCUUUCCUUUCCUGCGUGUUGCGGGCAAAUCGAUUACCAUCGUCGAAUCGGCCCAUGCGAAAGGAAACGAUCCAUUUCACGAGGAAAUAUUUAUGAUCGAUCCACCGCUCCCUAGUCGGACGCGGUCUUCCCGUUCGGGCCGGGAUGGACUGAGCAAAUAUGCGGGCAAAGAUGUGGAAUGUUUGCUAAGUGCCUGCGAGCUGGACAAAUGCUUGUGCAUCAGCUCAGGCCAGCUGCACCGUCAAAGCAAUCAAGCAUCCGCGCAGGCGAAAGCCGGACGACGCUCCGGGAUGAUGGAUGUCGGGGUCGCGGAAUCCAUAGAUAGGAUAGACAAACCGUACAUCAAAGUAAAACCUCUCAACAGUCUGAUGGUACCGCAGGUGCCCGUCGUCUCGGUGGGUUCGUUUGGGUUAUUAAUAUCGAACCACUGCGGUGUCGUCGGCCCAGCGAACUAUCAUGCCCUGUCGGGUGUGAGUAGAAAUUGCAGCGCACAAUCAGUCACGCAUAAAAACGCUGACGUUCAUGCCGAUCGCUAUAACAGAAAUGUGAAUCUACAGCGAAAGCUCGCACCCUUGCCCCACCGGCCACCGCAGCAACAGCAUCAGAGCAAACCGUCCGCUAAAACGACCAUUGAAACGACCAUCCUGUCGGCGUCGGCAUCCGCAACGCACAAUCGCAUCCCACCGUUAGCUAAGAACUAUAAGUUCCUGGUGCAAAACAGCUACGUGGCACCGACACUUCUGGCCGAAAUUGAGCAACGGCAUCACAACAAACUGAAUGUGGUAAAAUCGGCAACGACCCGGUACAUGGCAUCAUCACCCACCAAGCACAUCUUUGCCCUGCCUGCCUUAACCGGAAUCGACGGGCUGGUGCGCCACAAUCCUGUUACGGGCGUUUCGGGAUUGCAGCGGAGUCCGGCCAAGGGCCGAACGUUCCGAUCGGAGGUAAUCGGUCGAUCGAUUUCUGCUGCCAUCACGCAAAAACAAAACCCAAUCUAAUGAUUCAUUUAUGUCGCACACACUGAAGAAGAUACCGAAUUCCGUCCUACUCGCAAUACGAGCUAACCGAAGCAGAAGUGUAUAUGCAUCGAGAGUUGCAAAAAUAUGGUUUAAUUUAAUUUAUGAUAGAAUCACGUUACGAUCUCAUAAGCUUAAAAAGAGUAUGUUUUAUAGUAUGGGUUUUUUUCAAUGCAUACAUGGAAACUGUAUUGUAAUAUGAGUCGAAAGCCACAAGAAAUAAUGUUAAAGAAGUUAAUGUGGUUGGCAUGCAAAUAAAUCCAAGUUUCAAGAGA